AUCGAAAUUAACAACUACAAAAAAAUAAGCAGAUGAAAUUAUUGGAUAAAGUGCCAUUUAACAGGCAUUUUAUGGCUCAAAAAUUGAAUAAUAAAUCAAUUAUAUCCAUAUUAAAUAGUUACAGUUUUUUUUUCAGAAAAUUUGGUGAAAAAACGGCAAAAAAAGGCACAGAAAGGCCAAAUAAUAAAGAAUAUAUCUCUAUAUUAGGGGAAAAAUAUCGUUCAGAUAGUUAUUCAAACAUUACACCAACAAUUCUUAAAGCAGUUGAGAAAAAACUGCAUUUUCAAGUAUCACAUCCAUUAGGAAUUCUUCGUCAGAUAAUAGAAUCUCAAUUUGAUACAACUAACUAUGAAAUAUUCAAUGAAUUUUCACCGGUUGUUAGUACAGUAAAGAACUUUGACUGGCUUAAAUUUCCAAUUGAUCACCCAGACCGUAAAUCUACAAAUACAUAUUAUGUUAAUGAAAACCAUGUCUUACGUACACAUACAUCAGCGCAUCAGAUAGAUGCGUUUAGAAGAAUGAAAAAGAAAGGAUUUUUAAUAACAGCAGAUGUAUAUAGAAGAGACGAAAUUGAUAAAAAUCAUUAUCCAGUUUUUCAUCAAAUGGAAGGAGUGAGAGUUUGGGAAAAAACAGAAGGGAGAUCAUUAGUAGAAGAGAUAGAAAUUCUGGAAAGUAAUAUUUCGUAUUUAGGUAUUGUUAUUGAAAAUUCAACUUUUCCAUUUUAUUCACAACAAAAUCCUUUACAAAAAAAUCAUCAGAAAGAUGAAAUUGAAGCAAUUUCGAGGCAUUUAAUUAAAACAGUUGAAAAGAUAAUUGGUUACAUAUAUGAGAUUUCGCGACCAUUACAUGAUCAAUUAAACAAAGAUACACCUUUAAAAAUUCGCUGGAUCGAAUCAUAUUUUCCAUUUACAAGUCCCUCAUGGGAAUUAGAGAUAUUUUGGGAAGGGAAAUGGAUAGAAAUAUGUGGCUGUGGAAUCAUAAAUCAUGAAUUGUUAAAAAUUGCAGAUAUUCCUAAUCGAAUUGGCUGGGCAUUUGGUCUUGGAUUAGAAAGAAUUGCUAUGAUAUUUUUCAAAAUUCCUGAUAUACGACUUUUUUGGUCUAAUGAUCCAAGAUUUCUUAAGCAAUUUUCCCCAGGAAAAAUAUCUAUAUUUCAACCUUAUUCAAAAUAUCCUCCAUGUUACAAAGAUAUUGCUUUUUGGGUUAAUAAAAAAGAAAUUUCUGACAAAAGUAGCUUAUCAACAAUAAAAAGAAGGAAGUUUUGUGAAAAUGAUUUUAUGGAAAUUGUAAGAAAUGUGGGAGGCAUUCUAAUUGAAGAGGUUAAACUGAUUGAUCAAUAUACACACUUAGAAACAAAAAGAAAAAGUCUAUGUUAUCGGAUUAAUUAUAGAUCAAUGGAUAGAUCACUCACUGAUAAAGAAGUGAACAAACUCCAAGAGCGUCUUAGAAGUCGUAUUGCAGAAGAACUAGAUAUAGAACUUCGAUAAUAUAAUUAAUUUUUGACCUUAUAUUACAAAAUUUACUAUUUAUUAA